AUGUGCUUAGGAGGUAUUGAGCAUGCAGGAUUUCGGCGCAUGUUUGUCGGCGUGGACCGCGUUACGGGUGCAAAAAUUGGCUUUGAUGAUCGAGCGUUCUACGAUGAAAUUGAUGGCGCGAAGAAAUUUCUAAAACGCGCCUCUCAAUUGCAAUCAGGAGAGUGGCAGGGCCAAUUUCUCAAAAUUGCGGCAAGUCUGCAGGCGAAUGAGCUUGGGAAGUUGAAGGGCGAUGAGAAAAAUGCUGCGGAAGGACGGAGCGAAAUUUCGAUGCUGCAGCGUUUAUAUGACAACCAUAUGGCUCCUGCAGCUUCCACCCCGUCGACGAAAGCUGUUCCCGAGUUCUGCGUUGUAGUUCAUCAGCCGACCUGGAAGCUUGCCGGUCUUCCAGUGGCGCCAUCUUCGUUUGAUCCCACUGGCAGUGUAGUGGCAAAAGCGGUAGAGGCCGCGUGUCGGAGCUUGGACAGGUACGACCUCAGCGACUGCAUUGCCUAUUCCUUUGUGGCUGGCGGUGUCCAGCAGGACCACAUGAGCAUUGCCUUGUUGCUCUGGGCUCGCAUUCCUUCACUCACGGUGGUUGUUCCUACAAUAAAUAUGGCUGCACCAUCGUCCAGUACAACUACUUCCCUCCAAAAGGUAAAGCAGGCGAGGAAGGACGGCGUGCUUGCGGAGGAAUGUGCUGAAGUUUUUCGUCUGUGGCGGCGUAUUGCAGGCAUAGUUUACUACGAAAAACUCUAAGCGGUCGCAGUAACUGCUUCAAUUGAGUAUUUACUGAAGGUAUUAAAAGUCUUAGGGAGGCCUGGCCAGCACGUGAUCUACGCUGUUGCUAACCUUUUUAAUUGUUUGAAUUCCUGGCCUUUUUGGCUCUUCUCCAGUAAAUUCUUUUUUCGAUGAGCAGGCAUGUCAUACCCUUGCAGGUUGUAACACUUGCUUCCAGGGCCCUACAUUGUUAGGCUGUGCCUUAGUUGUUCCUCAGAGGCUAUUGUAAUAUAGUCCUCUCUGAUAGUAGUAGUCUUUGGCCGUUGUGAUACGGUUUUCUUGCUCUCCCGGUAUGUCAGUUUUUAUGUGGGCUUUUUUAAGUAGUUGAAUGGGAGGCGGCAUGUAGUGGUAGUCCUAUGGAAAAAAAAAUAUAAACUAUACCCCAUACAUAGGGAGUACAGGGCUAGUAGCAGACUGAAUUGAAAAAAUGCUCAUCCAUUGCUUGCGUGCCCGAGGAUUAUAUAUAAGGAAAAGUCUAAUCGCAUUGAAUUGAAUAGUAAGUCGUUGACUCUAUCACUGUCUUAAGAUAGGAUGAGUUUUUUCAUCAAGUAAGAAUUAUUUUUUUAUGAUCGUUAAUUGAUGAUAAUGAUAAUGAUAAGAAUGAAACACCUUGAAGAUAACAGUUCUUUUGGAGCGCGUCACGUGUGAGACGGAAGGGUCGCGCGUGAACAUAAUAAUAAUAUUAGAAAUAAUAAUAACCUGAUAAUCGAAUCAAACAACUGACUCAUUGUCAAAGCUUUCAUGUUUCGUGGCUGUCGCUCCCGUUCUUGUACUCCAGGGCGGGAACCGGACUGACAGCAGUGCCUUGGCGUGGCGGUCCGGCUCUCUACUAAAAAACUGCUGAGUUUUUGCCAACUACCAGCUCUACGCCGUGGAGGCGCUCCGGCCCUUGCGGUAGUCCUUAGGCUGGCCCUAUGAUCUUGCGCGAGAUUGCGCGCGGAGUACUGUAGUGCACAGCCCGCACCACCCCGGGCUCUCCUCGCCCCCGCUAAUGAUAAUAAUGCUUCGUGGCUGCUACAAGAUGCUUUGGCCCCAUUCUGCUGCGUCGAUCAUAUAUGAAGAUCCUUACAAUAGUGGUCCAUCCUGUCGCACCACACACAGUUGUCACCCGUGAGACAGUUUCAUCUGAUCUCUAUCCUUGAAUAUCUAAAGAUAUGGGCGUCCUCUGCAGCUUGUGCGUAGUCUAACUUGUCGCACACUCUCAGCUUAUUUAGUCUCUCCGGCUAUCCGGAAAGAUAGCAACAGGGGCGGAUGCAUGCGAGAUAUUUUUGAGAUAGUCCCGCCCUUAGUCGGGUAAAGUGAAAAUCAUGCGAGAAUCUUGUUGUAAAAGUCCACUUCGCGACGUUCCCGUACGCUUCGAUUCGAACAUCAAUGGUUGAAUGCAAAGGAGGAAAACAUCUCGAUGACUGAAAAUGAAUAUCUUCGGAUCUUCCUGAGUUUGAAAUCGCUUGUUUGAAAGAAGAAAAAACGUGGUCCAGUCGAGGAAUUUUAAUGCUUUGGAGUUCUGCAGCUAUUUUCGUGGCGCUUGAUCUUUUCUUUCAGGAAACCAAGGACAGAUCGGAAAGUACUUGAAUUUUUUUUGUUCCGAACAUCCUUGAGACGUUGGAGGAGGAACGUAAUGUGAAACUUGCUGCCUUGGGGGCUCUUGAUUUGAUUUGAAGCACGUUGUAUGCACGCGAGGACUAGACGAAUGGGAAUACAACAAGCAGGAAGCG